UGGGCGGUGCGCGGCGGGGAGCGGAGCGGAGCGGAGCGGGCGGCCAUGGCGGCGGGCAGCGCCAUCCAGAUCCCCAGCCGGCUGCCGCUGCUGCUCACCCAUGAGGGCGUCCUGCUGCCCGGCUCGACCAUGCGGACCAGCGUGGACUCCCCCCGCAACAUGCAGCUGGUGCGCAGCCGGCUCCUGAAGGGCACCUCGCUGCGGAGCACCAUCAUCGGCGUCAUCCCCAACACCAGCGACCCCACCUCCGACUGCGACGACCUGCCCUCCCUGCACAGGAUUGGCACUGCUGCCUUGGCAGUUCAGGUGGUUGGCAGCAACUGGCCCAAGCCACACUAUACGUUGCUGGUUACGGGCCUCUGCCGAUUCCAGAUCCUGCAGCUGCUGAAGGAGAAGCCAUAUCCUGUUGCUGAAGUUGAACAGUUAGAUCGACUUGAGCAGUUUACUAAUCAGCCUAAAUCUGAGGAGGAGCUUGGAGAGCUGUCAGAACAAUUCUACAAGUACGCAGUGCAGUUGGUUGAGAUGCUGGAUAUGUCUGUUCCUGCAGUCGCAAAGCUGAGACGUCUUUUGGACAAUCUGCCUAGAGAAGCUUUGCCAGAUAUACUGACUUCUAUCAUCCGUACGUCCAACCAAGAGAAGCUUCAGAUUUUAGAUGCUGUUAGGCUGGAAGAACGGUUCAAGAUGACUAUACCAUUGCUUGUUAGACAGAUUGAAGGCCUGAAGCUGCUUCAGAAAACAAGAAAGCCCAAACAGGAUGAUGAUAAAAGGGUUGUAGCUAUUCGUCCUAAUAGAAGAAUCAAUCACAUUCCAAGUGCUACAGAAGAUGAGGAGGAAGAAGAAGAUCACGAUGAUGUUGUCAUGCUGGAAAAAAAGAUUAGAACAUCCAGUAUGUCAGAACAAGCUCUUAAAGUUUGUCUGAAGGAAAUAAAGAGAUUAAAGAAGAUGCCUCAGUCAAUGCCAGAAUAUGCUUUGACAAGAAAUUACUUGGAACUGAUGGUAGAAUUGCCAUGGAACAAGAGUACGAAAGAUCGCCUUGAAAUCCGUGCAGCUCGAAUUCUUUUGGAUAAUGAUCAUUAUGCUAUGGAGAAGCUGAAGAAGAGAGUUCUGGAGUACUUAGCUGUCCGACAGCUUAAAAACAACCUCAAGGGACCCAUUCUUUGCUUUGUGGGGCCCCCGGGAGUUGGUAAAACUAGUGUUGGAAGAUCAAUUGCAAAGACUUUGGGUCGAGAAUUCCACAGAAUUGCUUUAGGAGGAGUCUGUGAUCAAUCUGAUAUUCGAGGCCACAGGCGCACCUACGUUGGCAGUAUGCCUGGCAGGAUCAUCAAUGGGCUGAAGACUGUUGGGGUUAACAAUCCGGUAUUCCUGCUAGAUGAGGUUGAUAAACUGGGGAAGAGCUUGCAGGGGGAUCCUGCAGCAGCCUUGCUUGAGGUCUUGGAUCCAGAACAGAAUCACAGUUUCACCGAUCACUACUUAAAUGUAGCCUUUGAUCUGUCCCAAGUACUUUUUAUAGCUACAGCCAACACUACAGCUACCAUCCCACCUGCUCUGCUGGACAGAAUGGAAAUUAUUCAAGUUCCAGGAUACACACAGGAAGAAAAAAUUGAAAUUGCACAUAGACACUUGAUUCCUAAACAACUUGAACAACAUGGCCUGACUCCACAGCAAAUACAGAUUCCACAAGUAACCACUUUGGACAUAAUUACCAGAUACACUCGAGAGGCAGGAGUCCGCUCUCUGGAUCGGAAGCUGGGAGCUAUUUGCAGAGCAGUGGCAGUGAAAGUGGCAGAAGGACAGCACAAAGAAACAAAGCCAGAUCGUGCUGAAGUGGUUGAAGGAGAAGAUUGCAAGGAGCAUGUCACAGAAGAUGCAAAAACAGAAUCCAUCAGUGACACAGCUGACCUGGCUCUGCCACCUGAAAUGCCGAUUUUAAUUGAUUUCCACGCUUUAAAAGAUAUCCUGGGGCCACCCAUGUAUGAAAUGGAGGUGUCGGAACGCUUGAGCCAGCCAGGGGUAGCCAUAGGCUUGGCCUGGACUCCCUUAGGGGGAGAGAUCAUGUUUGUGGAAGCCAGUCGCAUGGAUGGAGAAGGUCAACUUACUUUGACGGGUCAACUGGGCGACGUCAUGAAGGAGUCGGCGCAUCUCGCCAUUAGCUGGUUGCGCAGCAACGCAAAGAGAUACCAGCUAACGAACGCUUCUGGAAGUUUUGAUCUCCUUGACAACACUGACAUCCAUCUGCACUUCCCAGCUGGAGCUGUCACAAAAGAUGGACCAUCUGCUGGUGUUACCAUAGUAACCUGUCUUGCUUCACUCUUCAGUGGGCGGCUGGUGUGUUCAGAUGUAGCCAUGACAGGAGAAAUUACACUAAGAGGCCUUGUUCUUCCCGUUGGGGGAAUUAAAGACAAAGUCCUGGCAGCGCAUCGAGCUGGGCUGAAGAGAGUUAUCAUUCCUCAAAGAAAUGAAAAAGAUCUUGAAGAAAUCGCGGUGAACGUCCGGCAGGACCUGACGUUUGUGCUGGCCGGCUGCCUGGACGAGGUUCUCAACGCGGCUUUCGACGGAGGGUUUGCAGUGAAACCCAGGGUCGAGCGCCUGAACAGCAAACUUUGAGCAGACGGGCCCAGAUUAUGUCCCUGUCAAAUUUGAUAGAGAGCAAUUAAUAUCAGCUACGUGUGAAUCGAGCACAACUACGAGCUAAACUUGAUUGUUUGAAUGUGGGUGUAGAACCAAUCAAAAUAAAAAUAUUACUUCAGCAGUCAACCCCCUGAAACUACA